AUGUCCACAGCGGUCAUACAGGGUAGCUCCGGAGGCCUAGGAUUUGCUCUCACGCAACAUGUCCUCAAGCACACUUCUCUCAACGUAUUUGCAUUGACUCACCGGUCAGCGAAAGAGCUACAAGAACGGCUGGGACAUCACGAGCGUUUGACCGUCUUGGAUAGAGUCGACAUCAGAGAUGAAGGGACUUUGGAAAAGGCUGCAAGUACAGUGAGAGAGAGGCAAGGAAACGAUUCCGUGAGAUUGAUAGCCUGCUUCGCGGGUGUCCUCGAGCCCGAGAAAUCCUUGAGAAUGAUCAACCCUCAAACUCUUCUCGACACCUUUCAAAUCAAUUGCAUGGGCCACCUAUUGACCUACAAGCACUUUGUGCCUCUUAUUCCCAGCAAAAAAGCCUUUGCAGAGCUGAAGUGGGAUGAGGAUCCGGCGAAAGGACUCGUUGCAAAAACCAAUAGUCUGUGUUUCUCGUUGAGCGCGAGAGUGGGGAGUAUAGAGGAUAACAAGAAAGGAGGGUGGUACUCUUAUCGAGCAUCAAAAGCCGCGCUCAAUCAAUUCAUCCGAACGCUGGAUCACGAGCUCGUCAACAAGUCCUCCUCUGGCGUCGCUAUGGCUUAUCAUCCCGGGACUGUCUUGACUUCAUUCACACGACCGAUCCUUGGAGCCAAAGCAGAACCGAAUCCAGACAAGGGACAAUUCUCAACGGAUCAAGCUGUGGAGCACCUCGUCAGUAUUAUGAGCAAAGCAUCGAGGGAACAAGAGUGGGGAGGCAGGUUGUGGGAUUACAAGGGAGAGCAGAUCCCCUGGUAG